UAGCAGCGCUUUCUUUCUGAAGGUCCUACCUAGCCCACCUACACCGACCACACACGCUCGCCUGACCACCUCCAUACACCACGCCAGGAUCUGUCCUUCCUUCAAGCCACUCCUAUUCUUCGGCUGACCCCCUGGUGGUCACGUGGACCUGCAAGCCACGCAAGUCUGGGUCCUUCUGCGAUCCAUUGGGGUCCUCGCUGCCUAGGAGCCGCUCGGAUGCUGCCUGUCCGCGCGAGACUUUAGAGGAGCGGGUUUGGGGUCGAUCCCUGGUGUGGGGCUUGCACCGCAGAGCAUCGGAGCCGGGUUUAGGCGCCCACUUAGGGUGCGAGGAUCUGGGUCAGGCGGUCGCCGGGCCACCCCGUGUCUGAAAAGCUCUGGACUGCUCUGGAGAAGCCCGGACAGCCCCGCUCCCCCCUAGCCAGGUGCUAGGUCCAGAGCUGAAGUGAGAGUACGACCGUCUUCCAGCGCCUGGGCCAAGGCGGCGGCCCUGGGAGCAGAGGUGGAGCAACCCCAUUACGUUUAAGAUGAAAGGCUGGGGUUGGCUGGCCCUGCUUCUGGGGGCCCUGCUGGGAACUGCCUGGGCUCGGAGGAGCCAGGAUCUACACUGUGGAGCUUGCAGGGCUCUGGUGGAUGAACUAGAGUGGGAAAUUGCCCAGGUGGAUCCCAAGAAGACCAUUCAGAUGGGCUCUUUCCGAAUCAAUCCAGAUGGCAGCCAGUCAGUGGUGGAGGUGCCUUAUGCUCGCUCAGAGGCCCACCUCACAGAGCUACUAGAGGAGGUAUGUGACCGGAUGAAGGAGUAUGGGGAACAGAUUGAUCCUUCCACCCACCGCAAGAACUAUGUACGUGUAGUGAGCCGGAAUGGAGAAUCCAAUGAACUGGACCUACAGGGCAUCCGAAUUGAUUCAGACAUCAGCGGCACCCUCAAGUUUGCGUGUGAGAGCAUUGUGGAAGAAUAUGAGGAUGAACUCAUUGAAUUCUUCUCCCGAGAGGCUGACAAUGUCAAAGACAAACUCUGUAGUAAGCGAACAGAUCUAUGUGACCAUGCCCUGCACAUAUCGCAUGAUGAGCUAUGAACCAUUGGAGCGGCCCAGACUGACAGGCUUGAUGGAUCACCCCCAGGAGGGGAAGAGGGUGGCAAUGCCUUUUAUAUUAUGUUUUUACUGAAAUGAACUGAAAAAAUAUGAAACUACAAGUA